AUGUCAAAGAUUAUUAUGUAUGGUGACUUGAUGAGUCAACCUUGUAGAGCAGUAGCCUGGGUAAUGAUUUAUGGUAACAUUCCAUAUGAAUUGAAAUUACUUCAAGUAUUAAAAGGUGAAACAAGAACAGAUGAAUAUAAAAAGAUUAAUCCAUUUGGAAAGAUACCAACUUUAAAAGUUGAUGAUGAUAGAGCAUCAGUUGAUAGCUAUCUAGAUUGGCAUCAUCUUAACUUUAGAAAACCAUGUUUCACCUAUUUCGUGAGUAAGUUUAUGUUGCCAAAGUUCAACGUCGCUACAGACCCAUUGAAAGUAGAAGCCGAAGCAAAAGAAGUAGCAAAAGCAUUGCAUCUCUUUGAAAAGUACUGGUUAGUCGAAGGUAAACAACCAUUCAUCAACGGUACCGACAUGUCACUCGCAGACAUCUCUGCCUACUGUGAACUACUGUAUCAAAGUUGUAAUUAA